GCUUGAUGCAUUUCGGGUUCUGCCUCUGCUCUUGCUGAAUUUUUGUGCGCUCGUGACGUACGAAAACGUAUUAUCUUACAUAUCGACGUGGAAGAAAACAUAACAAUGUCGAGCAGCAAGUGCGUGAAAGCACCACGUAAGGCGUACACUAAGGAACAGCACGAUAUGACGCAUUCCGAGAAGGUGAAACUGAUUGACGACGAGCUGAAUUCUUUCUACAAAUAUUGUCAACAGGCAGGUUUCACCGAGGAAGAGAUGGAUAUUAUUUGCCAACCGCUCGUGGCGGCGAUGCGUCGCUCAUGGUUGCAGCUUGUCUUUCGUGGCACGCUCGUUCUGAUAGUGUUGGGCACAUUGUCGUGUCUCGCGGCACAGCUUGAUUUCGUUGGCACUCACUUUACCGCUCUCAGUCGUCUGUUGUUGAUCAAAGUGCUGCCGAUCUGGAAUUGGCAGCCGCUCUAUUACGAGAAUUGCAUGAUCAACAAUCCCUUUUACAACGAUUACACCAUCACGGAGGAAGAUUGCGUGACUUGCGAGGCUCUAGAGACGAUUGAUCGUCUGUCGGACGUGCGAUAUCGUAAUCUGGUCGACAAUUAUUUGAGCCGCGAUGCACCGGCAAUCAUCACCGACGCGAUGGACUCCUGGGCAGUCAUGAAUACCGAUUACUUCUGGUUCGACAAUAUUACUCACCUCUAUCUAGAGAACGAGCGACUGAUGGAAACGGUACCGUGCGCUCUGACUUCCAAUCUGCGUACCGGUUCCUCCGAUCUCGCGGCAUUUCUGCGUCGCGUGCACGCACCCGAGGUGGCGAAGUGGUUUGUCCACUGGCAAAAUUGCGACAUCAACGCCGUGAAAGUACUCAGGAAAUACUAUCAACGGCCGUACUUUCUCUCCAGCACGGUCUCGCCGGCGCACUUCAACUGGGUGCUCAUGUCCUCGGACUACAACAGCCCGAGUUACAAAAAGGUCGAGCUCGAUUCCGGGCUGAUUGCGCUCGCGCAACUCCGUGGCGCGACACAGCUCAGGCUCACUCCCAUAAAUCCCUGCAACAGCUCGUGUCCCGAGCUGAUCGCCGACUUGCAACAGGGCGAGAUGCUGGUUUUCACUAAUCUGAUGUGGACGCUCGAGUACGCGCCGAUGCGAGGCCUGGACAACAUCGCCAUACUCACGGAAACCGUCUGGGAGGAAGACACAUAAGACUGUGCAUCGUCGUUUAACAAGAUCUUGUCGUUAUCCGCUCGGCGUGUGCUAACUCAACUGGAAUAACUUUAGUCCAUAAAUUAUUCUGCGACAAGCUAUGUAACAUCUAAUGAUAUAUCACAUAAUAUUCUCGUCUACUAUUGUAUUAUUAUGCACGAAAUAAAAACUGAGCAUUCUGGUU